GACCCUUUCAAAGGAAACGUUUCCAAAGGAACAGACGGUUCUGUUACUAUGGCAACAUACACAUGUGAGAACAAUGCAAGCCUCGUCGGGAACCCGACCAUGGUUUGUCAGGUUCAGUUGGGCGCUUGGAAUGGAACAGAGCCACGUUGCUCUUGCCCGUUCCUCAACGAUAUCGAAAAUGGGGUUGUGACAGUUGACGAAGCGUUUUUGACAGCGACGUAUGUGUGUGACGUAAAUUACACGUUGACGGGAGGCGUAUUAAGGACGUGUGAUAAGUCAACGUAUAUUUGGUCCGGAUCAGAACCAUCCUGUGUCAUAGAAGAAGCCACGGGUGGCGGAGCCGAGGCCACCAGCGGGGGCACUAAUCUACUUCCAGUGGUUAUCGUGUUUGCGAUUCUCACUGUUGUCUUCGGCGUGGGGUUUGCCGUUGCUCUUCUUUACAUCUUUAAGCUUCGCAAAGGCAAACACAACAACAAGAGACCAGAAAACCACCCACCACCCAAUUUUGACGCCAACCAUUUUAAGUCCUCCAAAACCUCUCCACGUAGUAACGGCACGGACGACACAAAUAGCCUUUUAGCAGGCGAUGGCAGGCUACACAGCUUCCAGUUCCUGUCGCGUCCGCCCAUGGAGCACCGCCAGCAUCUCCUAACUUCCGCUUCCUCCGCGAUCCCACGGUCCUCACGAGCGCCACAUGGUCACAUGAAUCUGGGAAAUUUUCCAAAAGGGAAAACGCAGUCGGAUAUAUCUGCUGGAAACUUGAAUCUUCAUCUUAUUCGUGAGACUACGACAAGCUCCAUAUAUUCAGGCAAUCCUGCCCCUUGGAGUAAACACGGCGACAACGACGCCCUGGAAUCCUCCAUGGAUUCCACAAUCAUUAAAUCGCACAAAAAGAACAUACUUCCUGCCAUCAUAGAAAAGAAAAAUAAUUCAAAACCGUUAUCUAGCCCUCGAAAACACAAGAAAGAAUCGUUCGGAAGGCGACUGAAGCGUCAAAACUCUGUAGGAACGACACACGGAACGGAGUUGUCCCUCAAAGACGGGCAAGGUGAAGUAGUGUUGGGAAUCGGACAUAAAACAUACUAUCGAUAAUUGGUUUAUGAAACCGGUCAAUGAUCGAUUAUUUAUCGAUUUACUUAUUAUUUAAUGAUCUUUCUGUACAGUCGUGAUUCCUACUUUUUGACAUAUUUAUCAGCUAGGUAUAUAUUAAUAAUUCUAUAUAUAUGUUGUAAGUUAAAGGGUUAGAUUCUAAAACUACAGUGAUCUAUAAUAAAGCACAUUCUUUGACGAGUACUUUGCUUGUAUAAUGCAACAACUAGCUGUUUAUUUUAUUUUGAUUGAGUCUAAACAAUGUCAUGUCCAAAUCUGUCUGUGUUUGUUUGAAGAUUGAACACAUCUUAAACAACAAUAACCUAAUUAAAAGAGUCCGCUAAAAUAUUCAUUCAUUUAAAAGGAAUCGCUCAAACAAACAGUUGAGAGUGUUUUAUGGCAAAAUAAAGGUGACGAAACCAAAGAAGGCUGCAAUUACAGAACAUCGAUCCAAAUUACGUUGUAUUAGGUCAUUGGAGUAAUUAACCAAUUAGUGGCAUUGUUUAUUUCUGGCUGACACGAAAAAGGAUGCCAGCAUUUGAACAAAAACGCUCUUUGCGUCACAACUGUGUUUUGGUCCAGAAAUUUGAUUAAACCUGCAAUUAAAUAAUAAAAAAGUAAAGAAGAAAACUGCUGACGAUUAAAAAACUGUUUAUCAUGAUCAAUACCGGUUCUUGUAAAUGUUGUUCACUGAAUUGAGGCAUAUGAAUCAAACAGAAAAAGGAUAUAAACCAUGGUACAUAACGAUCUAAGACGAAAGUCUCCCAGAGAAUUUUUAGAAUAUUAAAACCAUCGAAGAUGGCAAAUGGUGUCGAUAAUAUCACUCUCGAAGAAUUCCAGGCUUGUUUUUAGUCACCUCAAGUCAGAUGUUGAUUCUCGUGAUAAUGAUGACUAUGAUUAUUUUGUAGGUCAGUUUGAUGAAGAUUUAGAACAUAAUGUUACGUUUGUUUCAUUGGAUGCACCUAUCUCUAAUGAUGAAAUAAAGAAAGCAAGUGGAGAAUUAGGUUAAAAUCCUCUAUUGAUCAUGUGUUAUACGAGUAUUUUAAGGUAUCAGUUCCACUAAUUAUUGGACCAUUGAAUUCCCUUUUAUCAUAUAUUGGACAUUAAGUCGUUUUUAUGGCUUGGGCGUCUGUCGUUAUUACCCCAAUCCAUAAAAAGGGCAACCAAUCAGAUCCUAGUAAUAACAGAGGGAUAACCUUAACCAGCUCGGGCUUAUUCAACCUUAUUUACUGUUUAAUUAAUUGAAAGAUUUAAAACGUGGGCUAAGGACAACAGUAUAUUAACCGAUGCUCAGUUUGGGUUUAAAAAUAAGUACGCACUGUGGAUCUUUUUUUUUAUUUUGCACGUAUUGAUUCGAAAACAGGUUGAAGGAAAAAGAAGCUGUACUGUUGUUUUAUUGGUUAUAAAAAAAAAACUUACGAUUGCAUUGAUAGAAGCAGACUCUGGUAUAAAUUUAUAAAGUUGGGACUUGAUGGUAACGUUUUGUCCCUAGUAAGAGCUUUCUAUAAUGUGGUGAAACUGUGUGUAAAAUACUUGAGAACAGAUUUAUUUAUAGUUAGAUUGGCCUGUUUCAAGGGGAUAUAACCUCGCCGAUAUUCCUUUUCCUUUAUGAUAUUUAAAUGCAUUUACAAACAAACCUGGACUUCGGUAUUAACAUUGACCAUUUAUUUGCUGCUUUUUUGCCGACGAUGCGAUUAUUGUAUCAGAGGCUAAGGCAGGAUUGCAGAACUCUCUAAAUAGUUCACAAUCCUGUUGUCGCAAAUGUAACCUCACUAGUAUCAUAGAUUAAACUAAGGGUAUGGUUUCCAGGAAUGAUGGAAGAUUAAUGAUAAAUGGUUUUAUAAUAAAAAGGAAGUGGAAAUUGUUAGCUCUUUCAGUUAUUUACUAGUGGUGG